CCUCGUAAAUCUUUUUUUUUUUCAACAGGGUUACGGAAUGACCGAAGCUGGACCAGUACUUUCCAUGUGUCUAGCGUUUGCAAAGGAGCCAUUCGAUGUGAAGUCAGGCUCGUGUGGAACGGUUGUACGCAAUGCUGAGCUCAAAAUCGUUGAUCCCGACACUGGAUUCUCACUCUCAAGGAACCAACCAGGAGAAAUUUGCAUUAGAGGGCACCAAAUCAUGAAAGGAUAUCUUAAUGACCCGGAAUCAACUGAACGGACCAUCGACAAAGAAGGGUGGCUGCACACCGGAGACAUUGGGUACGUGGACGACGAUGAUGAAAUAUUCAUCGUCGAUCGGCUCAAGGAGCUCAUCAAGUACAAAGGGUUUCAAGUUGCUCCGGCCGAGUUAGAGGCCAUGCUCAUUACUCACCCUAACAUUGCCGAUGCUGCUGUUGUCCCCAUGAAAGAUGAUCUUGCUGGAGAGAUGCCUGUGUCCUUCGUCGUGCGAUCUGGUGGGUCUGAAAUCACGGAGGAUGAGAUCAAGCAAUUCGUCUCCAAACAGGUGGUCUUCUACAAGAGGAUACACAAGGUAUUUUUCGUCGACGCCAUUCCGAAAGCGCCAUCUGGCAAAAUCCUGAGGAAGGACUUGAGAGCAAGGCUAGCCGCUGGAUUUCCUAAUGGUCAACAGCUGUGAUCUCCAUCUAAAACCGUCAAAAUGCAUGAAUACACUGUAAUUAUUGACUACUGUGUGUUGUCCACUUUAUUUGUGUACAAGAGUGAUGAAGAAUAGGGUAUUUCCAUAUUAUUUUCUUCCUAUAAUGCCCUGGAGUGUAAAGAACGGAGUUUUCAUGCAUCGAAGAAUGAGGAUUUGUUGAGAAGGGUAUUUUGGACCUUCCCUCUAUCUGGAAUUAUGACAUACUAUGUGUUUGCGAGUCGAAGUAUGUAACUGUUACAAAAAAUUCACGAGUUUGUGGAAUAUAAUUGUAAUAUUGAUUUUUAAA